UAAGAAAAAUAUUUAUUUGUAUAGUGUACGAUGUUAAAAGGCAUACAUCUUCUAUCCUAUCUUGUGUAUCUGCACAUGCUCAUAUGAGUGUAUGUAUACGCAUGUGCGCGUUCAGAAAUUGAAAUCAGAUUUUCAUCACUUAUCAAUAUACUUAUUACAUGUGCGCGCAUUGACUUGCAUGUUCAUACUUGCAUAUAUACUUAUAUGUACAUAUAUUUGCAUACAUUGCCGAACAAAUAAUGCACAAGCAUACAAACAUACAUCUGCGUACACAUAUGAAUAUGUCACCAACAAAAUUGAUCUUCACAAUUCAAUAUGGCAGCCAAAUUGGCGAAGAACGAAAGAGAGAUGAUUACGCUGCAUAUUCUCUUGCGCAACGAAGAGGCAGAACUACUUUCCUAGUCAAAAUUCCUUCAUUUAGACUUUGCUUUAUUCUUCAUUUUAUGGGCAUAAUAAAUUUAUAAAAUAUAAAUUUAAGUUUUCUAGUUUUCUUUCAUACAAAAUGAUACGCAUUUCUGAAUAUCACAAAGUAGUAUAAUUUCUUCCGCGCGUAGGGACUCCACGCAGCUUUUUUUUAUGUAAAACCUUGGAAUUUAUUCAUUAAAAUCACCACUCAGAAGUCAUUUUAUCCGUUGUAAGUGAGCGAUUUACAAAGAAACAUCAUUUCUAAUACGCCACAAGACAAAAUUAGAAAUGAAGUUCAUAAACCUCAUGAUGUCAGAUAAAACGAUAUACCUCGUCAUCGCGGGUCGAUUUCCAAAAAAUGUAAAUGAAGACUAACUACAGAAAUGAUCCUGUAAAGUAUAGCCUUAAUUUUUCAACGGCCAACGCAGAGUAUUUCAACGAAAAGUUACACAAAAUACUUGAGAAUUUGCAAACAAGACAAACGAAAGAAAAAUAAGUAUAACUUCAAUAAUGCACAAGCAUACAAACAUACAUAUGCGCACACAUGUGAAUAUGUCACCAACCAAAAAUUGAAACAUUGUUCUACAAAAACAACAACAGCAUAAGCAUGGCAACAUUGUGUUGUUGGUAGAAAAGCCGAGCUGUGCCGAAAGAAACGAACAAACGAUCGCCGAUUGUCACCGCUUCGCUUGCUGCUCGAACAUCUUCGCAGACAAGGUUGCGCAACUUGCAUUUAACGCAACCUUUUCCGAACUCGUAUAAGAAGUUUAACUUGGAUCAUAAAUAUUUCGUGUGUUAAUAAAGCAUUGCUUUUUGGGAGAAAAUACUGUUGAAUUAGGGCUCUGCACCACGGAAAUCAGUCGUUGAAAAGACAGUUGCUAAGUUCGAAAGAGACGAAAUGAGUCCCGAGUACAAUCAGCAAUUCGUUGUUUAUUGCGAGGCACUCACUUUGCACAGAGCUUUCGCCUCACACGUUAAAUUUGGAGCAAAACAAUACCUCUUUCUUAAAUCAUGAACAGCUUUUUUGUCAUUAGACAAUACAAACGUAACUUUGCCUUGGUAUGUGACAGAUUUGGUGUGCCUGACAGAGUAGCAUCAGCAUUGGGAACCGCUCUUUUGCAAGAUUUUAAAAUUAAAGAUAAGCAUGGGAAACCUCUCAUCAUGGAUAAAUCGAAAGUUCGCAGAGAAAAAGAGAAAUGCAGACAAGAAGUGCUUCGCAAACGGUUAGAUGAUACCAAUUUGUUAGCGUUUUCAUUCGAUGGCAGAAAAGAUGAUACUUUAACGAUUCAUGAGAAGUAUCAUACUAGGAUGGUAAAAGAACCUCAUCUUGUUAUUUUGAGAGAACCCAAUUCUGAAUUGAUUGGUUACGUAAGACUGGAACAUGAAACCGCUGAAUACAAAACAACCAAAUUAAAUGGUUUUUUCAACGAUAAAAAUAUAUCACUGGAUACAUUAAUUGGAAUAUGCACUGACGGUGAGCCAACAAACACUGGCCCACACGGUGGAAUUAUACGACGAUUCGAAUUGCUGUUAAAAAGACCAUUGCAUUGGUUUGUUUGUCUUCUACACUUCAACGAACUUCCGUUUCGGCAUUUGUUUGAAGCUUUGGAUAAAUCAACCAGCACUGGACCAAGAUCGGCAACCGGAAAACUGAGCCGUCCAAUCGAAACUUGUGAAACUCUUCCGGUGGUGGACGGCUUCCAGAAAAUUGAGUUGCAAAAUAUGACCCCUGCUCCAGAAAAAAAAAAGAAUUUUCCACCGAUUCGAAGUACUUAUAAGACAUGGCCCAUGCAAUUUCUAGCGGCGUGGUUCCGGUGGAUCUGGCUAACAUCAAACCAGGGAAAAUUGUACAUUCUCGGUGGCUCACCAAGGCCGCUAGAUUAUUGCGAUUAUAUGUGACAACGGAAAAUCCAGAUGCAAAUUUAAGAAUUCUGGUUGAAUUUAUAAUUAAAUGUUAUGUGCCAAUGUACUUCAAUAUCAAGUAUUACAGCUCUGUCGUGUACGGCAGUGCAUUAUUUUUCAAGUUCAUUGGUUGGUCACGAUUUCUAGAACCUCGGUAACGCAAAAUUGUCAAUCAAGUAAUUAAAGAUAAUUCAUAUUAUGCGCAUUCGGAAAAUAUCUUGUUAUCAAUGUUGUUUGAUGAUAGGAAAGAAAAGCGCGACUGUGCCAUCAAGAAAAUUCUGCGCUAUCGAACCGAUGUUGACGAGCCAAUGGAACUUAGAGUGUAUAAAAAACCAGAUAUAAACUUUAAUUGCACAAGUUAUACGGAAAUGAUCAAUUUGAAUGAUAUAAAUAUCGUAUUUGAACCACCAUUCAUGCGAAGCAUUCCGUAUGAUACAUUGAAAGAAUGUUUAAAUCAAGAUGAUCCACCGUUUAAUGAUCCAAAAAUUCCAUCACACAUACAAGGAACGGAACGACAUGUUCAAUUGCUAGCUAGCGUUUCCAAACGGGUUAUACCGGAAAAUGUAGAGGCUGUUAUGGCGACGACAUUAGAGAGCCGUGCGAAAUUGCCCAGACUUGAAAGUAAAAAAGGCUUCAAACAAUAAUUUUUUUUAGUUUCUUUUCUAUAACUCACUUAAAUUAAUUUUUUCAUUUACAUAUGUUCCGACUAAAUAAAUUUCUUAAGAGAAAAAAUAGAUAUUAUUAUAAAUAAAUAAAUAAAAAUAAAGAAAAAACAUAGCCAUUUAGCUGAUUUUUUCAUGUAAAGACAAAAAAUGGUGAGUUUUUGAAAUGAUUGUAUGAGGAACCCCCCAGGGGAGUUCCAGGGGGUGUGCCACUGGCAUGGGUGGAUCGGCCGUCCAAAGUUAGUGGGGGUCGGUCAUACAUUUGGACUCAAUUGGAGCACUCUAAAUGGGUCAAAGUGGGAUUUUUCAAAA